AUGCUGACGGUAGCUGUGAUCACCACCGACAUUCCAAACCAGCCGCCGACUAUUCAGAAUACUUCCUUUGCGCUCCUUGAAGACCAAGAUGGCGGCUACAGCUUCAGCAUCAGUUACGUAGACGAGGAGGACGACAAGUUAAAGUUUCGCGCAGCAGCACAGCCGCAGCAUGGCGCUGUAACUGUGUCUGAAGACGGACGUUUGCAGUACAUCCCAGAUCCUAACUUCAGUGGCAUUGACAUCAUCUACAUCGUUGGCGAAGAAGUCCUUGGACCAAGCGAGAUUGCUCUGGGUUUGAAGCCAAAUGUGGUGAACUUUACCAUAAUCGUUCAUGUGACAGAAAUGAAUGAUCCACCUGCAAUAUUCUAUCUUCCAGCUAGGAACGACAGUCACGUGGCCCAGAUUUUGCAGGUGGGUCCAACAGCAGGGAACGGCUUGAACGUGUCAGUGUUCAUUGAAGGAAAUACCACCACUGUCGUCCACCUGGCCAGUAUUCUCUUUGGUGACGUGGACGUCAAUGACACCAUCCAGUUUUACAACAGAACUGUCUCAGUGCUAGGGGCUGAAUUUGAAAUUGAAGACAUCGCUUAUAACGAUCCUCGCUUUGCAAAGGUCAACUUCACAGGAAAGUCCGGUACUGGCGGAAAGGAAGUGAGGGUCAAUAUUGACAAGAACUACUCAGGUCAUGUUGCUUAUGAUGUUAGGGUUAUGGAUGCCUCUAAAGCUUACAGUAUGCAGGUUUCAAUGAACGUGUACGUGGUUCUUAAUCCGUGUGACCACGGCAUCUGUGCACCUGGAGCAAGCUCAGAGACGUGUCUUCAUCCUCAGAGAAGUGUCACCUUUGACCCCUACAUCUGUCACUGCGAUGUUGGCUACGAAGGACUGUGGUGCGAGAAAGAGAUAGAUGAAUGCAAAACCGCCACAUGCAGUCCUAUUAGUGAUUGUGUUGACCUCAUUGGCAUGGGAGACAGCUUAGAGCGUCUGAAGAUGGGUAAGAUAGGGAGCGGGGCCAUCUUUACUAUCAUAGAAUUCACGUGCAUAGUGCCACUACCUCAGUUUCACACUUAG